AGGGUUCCAAAUCUUAUUGGGGGCAGUUUUGUUGACUCGAAAUCAUCUACAUUCAUCGAUGUGAUAAACCCUGCAACACAAGAAGUUGUGUCACAACUUCCUUUGACUACAGAUGAAGAGUUUAAAGCCGCAGUAUCUGCAGCUAAAAGAGCUUUUCCAUCAUGGCGUAAUACUCCAGUCACAACUCGCCAACGUGUUAUGCUGAAAUUCCAGGAGCUUAUACGCAGAGAUAUGGAUAAACUCGCUCUGAACGUUACCACCGAACAAGGAAAGACAUUGAAGGAUGCACAAGGAGAUGUAUUCCGUGGGUUAGAGGUGGUGGAACAUGCUUGUGGGAUGGCAACUUUACAAAUGGGGGAGUAUGUUUCUAAUGUAUCGCAUGGAAUUGAUACGUACAGCAUUAGAGAGCCACUUGGUGUUUGUGCUGGGAUAUGUCCUUUCAACUUUCCUGCAAUGAUUCCCUUGUGGAUGUUCCCAGUGGCAGUUACUUGUGGGAACACCUUCGUUCUAAAGCCAUCAGAAAAAGAUCCAGGUGCUGCUGUAAUGCUUGCAGAAUUAGCAUUGGAGGCUGGUCUGCCUGAAGGCGUCUUGAAUAUUGUUCACGGAACCAAUGGUAUUGUAAAUGCUAUUUGUGAUGACGACGACAUCAAAGCUGUAUCUUUUGUUGGUUCAAAUGUUGCUGGAAUGCAUAUAUAUUCAAGAGCAUCAGCUAAAGGAAAACGUGUUCAAUCUAAUAUGGGAGCAAAAAAUCAUGCAAUUGUCAUGCCUGAUGCCAACGUUGAUGCUACUGUGAACGCUUUAGUUGCUGCUGGCUUUGGUGCAGCAGGACAAAGGUGUAUGGCUCUCAGCACAGUUGUUUUUGUUGGAGGAUCAAAACCAUGGGAAUCUAUAUUAGCGGAGCGUGCCAAUGCACUCAAAACGAGUGUUGGAACUGAUCCAGAUGCAGACCUUGGUCCAGUCAUCAGUAAACAGGCAAAGGAGCGCAUACACAAAUUAAUUCAAUCUGGUGUUGAAAGUGGGGCCAGACUGCUGCUUGAUGGAAGAAAUUUAGUGGUUCCAGGCUAUGAAUCUGGCAAUUUUAUUGGCCCAACCAUCUUAUCAGAUGUCGGUGCGAACAUGGAGUGCUACAAGGAGGAAAUUUUUGGCCCAGUUCUUCUUUUCAUGGAGGCUGACAGUUUGGAAGAGGCCAUAAACAUUGUAAACAGAAACAAAUAUGGAAAUGGUGCUUCUAUAUUUACUACAUCUGGUGUUGCAGCAAGGAAGUUUCAGACCGAGAUUGAAGCUGGACAGGUUGGCAUCAAUGUUCCGAUUCCAGUUCCAUUGCCCUUUUUCUCAUUUACUGGCAACAAGGCAUCAUUUGCCGGAGAUCUCAAUUUCUAUGGGAAGGCUGGGGUUAACUUUUAUACUCAGAUUAAAACAGUGACUCAGCAAUGGAAGGAUUCUGCUGGUGGCAGCAGAAUUAACUUGGCAAUGCCGACCUCUCAAAAAUCUUGAUGAAACACUGUAUAGUAGUUAAAUUUGGAUCCCUGGAAGCAUUUCAUAUUUUAGAGGGUGAAAUAGAGGCAGAUAAAAUAGAAGAGUGACCUUCGAUUCUGUCGGACAUAUAUAAGCACAGGUGAAAUC